CAGAAGCGCUCUAUCCGCUGACGAUGUAGCAGGAAGAUCCGCAGCGUUGGCGACAUAUGAAGAAGAUCGGGAUGGUGACGGCGCCCGACAUGGGCUUUGUGGCCGCCAAAACCGGGUUUCGGCUCUUCAUGGCGGCCGAGCGACCAAAGCACGCCGACAAGACCAUCACGGAGGCCACGCAGCUGGUGCGCCGACAGUGGGAACAAAUGUCCGAGGAUGAAGAACAAGGUAGGUAGGUAUGCAGACACACCACACGCACGCACACGGAUGGAUGGAUGGAUGAUCUGCAAUGACAACUUCUCUUUGGCAGCAUGGGAGUCACGCGCCGCCCAGAACCAUGCCGCUGCAGCCCCAUCUCCGCAGGACGUCCCGCCGGCUGCCCAUGUGGAGGAGACCGCCAUGCCGCCAGCGGCUGAGGAGCCCCCGCGGCCCGCAGACGAGGAGGGAGGAGAUCUCGAAUAUGGGGAUGAUGGCCCUGAGGUGGAUGACGAACUCAUGGACGAACUCAUGGGCGACCACGCCGCGGACGUCGAUAUGGAUGUGGAAAUGGAGGGGGGGGCGAUAGGAGAGGAUGACCAUGGUGGCGAGGGUGUGGUUGAGGGGGACGGUGAGAGGGAUGACCAGGUAGCAGCAGAAGGGGGCGGCGAGGAGGGGGGCAUCGACGCAGACGGGCCUGACGGUGUGGAUGUGGGUGGUGGGGGUGGUGACGGCUCGGAUGGCACCGACAACACAGCGGCCAAGCCUGCCCCCGGCCCCAAGCCGAAGCGCAACCAGUCGGCCUACAUGCUGUUCCUCCAGGCCCAGCGUAUCAAGCGGGCAGACCAGGAGAAGAGCAGAAAAGAACAACAGCAGCAGCAGGAGGAGGGGAAUGGCACUGAGGGCAACGCUAUUGUAGUCGAGGAUGCCGCCGACGGGCAGCAGGGCAAGAAGAAAAAGGCAAAUGUAAGUACUCACACGCGGGGAGGGAGAGGGAGAAGCCUUGAUUAAGUGAGGGACCCAUCUCUUUGUCCGUCUGUCUUGUCCGUGUGGCUGUCUGUGGACGCAUUGCAGGCUACGGAGCAGACGAAGGAGUUCUCUGCCAUAUGGCGCAACCUCACGGCCGAGCAGAAGAAGGUCAGCCAGUCAGCCAAUCCUAAAUGCCAUCCAUCCAUUUCUUCGUCCCAUCCUGGUGUGUAUCAGGUGUGGGAGAGGGCUGCUGCCGAGGACAAGGAGCGCUACACACGGGAGCUGCAGCAGUGGGUACGUCAGGCACACAAACAUGCACACACACGCAAUUCACUUAGCCGUCUUUUCGUUGUCGUGUCUGCAGAAGGAUGCGGGCGGCGUAGAGGACGACAAGACGUCUGGGUCAGUCGGGGGGCGGGCGGGCGGGCAGGCAGGCAGCCAGCCAAGCCGUGACACACAAUUGCAUCCCCCUGCACGACAUUGUUCAGUGAUGGUGCCGGAUCGGUGUUCACCGCCCUGCCCCUCUCCCGCGUAGUCAAGUGCAUCAAAUUUGAAGACGACGUCAAACAGGUACCACUCAUUGCAGACAGACAGACAGACAGACAGAGACGCGCAGAGAGAGGAGCUUGUGUGGAUGGCCAACCCUUCACUCACGUGUGCAUGCAGGUGACCAAGGCCGCCCAGAAGCUCAUAGGUGGCGCCACGGUAAGUGAAUAAAUCGCAGAGCUCUCCUCUUCACUCGUGUGUCUAUCUCACGGUACGUCUCACUGUGUCCCUGUAGGUGUUGUUUCUGCGUGCCCUGGCCGAGAGCGCCAGCCGCAAUCGGGGCACCAGACAGACCAUCUUCCUCGCAGACGUCGGUGAGUGGAGUGAGUCGGCAAACCCUCACUCACCUCAGCACCUACCCACCCAUCCGAUCCAUCCAUCCAUCAUGGUCUCUGUCUUUCUUUCUCUUUUUAGACACGGCGUCGUCGCGUUCGAUGCGUUUUCAUUUCCUGAAGGACAGCCUGGUGGAGUUGGCCAAUGCACAGGCCACCAGCAAGGCCGCCAAGGCGGCAAAGGCCGGCGGCGGCGGCGAGGGGCGAGAUGGGAGUGGGGGUGGCGGUGGGAAUGGGGCCAAGCAGCGCGCUAAGGGCAAGGGCAAGGCGCCGCAGCUCAAGGGUGAGUGGGUGGGAUAAUACACAGCUUAUGCACACGCGCCUUUCUUAUGUCUCUUAUUGUGCGUGGGUGCCUUCAGUGACGGAUCUGGCGAUCAACCCCUUCACGCUUGCGGCCAAGAACAAGAAGAAGCCUCCCCAAGAGCACCACCACCACCAGCCAGCCGACCAGGACAACCCCAUUGACGCAGACGACGACCACCAGCAGCCGAGUCCCUCAAACGGGGAGACUGGUAAUGCCGCUGCUGCUGGGGCUGGUGGUGCUGCUCAUCGUGGCGGCCGGGCUGCGGGUGGUGCGUCCAGCAGCGGUGGGGCUGUCAGUGGAAAGAAGCGCAAGGCUGCCGGUGGUGGUGGUGUCAAAAAGGGAGGCAACAAGAAGGCCAAGGCCGACAGACAGGCGGCCAAGGAGGGGCUGCCCCAAGGCGUCCAGCCCAUCACGGCCUUCUUCACCAGACACUGACUGACAGACGGACGGACCUACUAGUGC